ACUGAAGUGCUUUAAUCGCAAUGGACGUCAUUCACCCGCUCCACCUCCGGGUGGCGAUAGAGACUCGGACAGAAUUCUACGAAUGACGUUGUUCCGGUUUUUUUAGUUUGCUUGAAUGGCGCAGCGGGGAGAAUAACAACCAGCAUGUCGAAAAGGAAAGUGACGUUUGAGGAUGGAGAUGGGGAGAUCACUUUGGAAGAUGCUCCAAAGAAGAAGAUUGUUGAAGGUGUGAGUGGCCCAGGAUCCAGAUUUAAGGAGAAACACUCUUUGGACAGUGAUGAGGAAGAUGAAGGAGAGGUUGCAGAAAAUAGCAACAAAUAUGACAUCCUUGCCAGUGACGAUGUGGAUGGCCAGGAAACGGCGACCAUUGACUAUGAUGAGGGUGUACGCAUCACCCCCUUUAAUCUCGCUGAGGAAAUGCAGGAGGGACACUUUGAUUCAGAGGGAAACUAUUUUGUCAACAAAGAGAAAGAUAUCAGAGACAACUGGCUGGACAAUAUCGACUGGGUCAAGAUAAAAGAGCAGCCCGCGAAAAAGAAGAAAGGCCUUGCAGCUAAGCGGAAGAGAAGAAUCGGUGAUGAAGACGAAGCAGAAGAGGAGAUAAAGCGGGAGGAGCAGCGGAAAGACAGUGAGGAGGAGGAAGAGGAGGAGAAAGGACCUGCAGAAGACCCUCUGGCUACAUACAGCCAUCAUCAGCUCACAGAAGCCGUCAUUGAGCUGAUGCUGCCUGGAGAGACAGUGGCUGCCGCUCUGAGAAGACUUGGCGGUCUUGGAGGACACAAGAAGAAAGGGAGACUGAGAGAAGGAGAGGAGGAGAAGAAAGAGACUUCAAACAGAGACACUGAUAAACUAGACAAACUGACAGCACUGGCAGAUAGACUGGUGGGGAUUGGAGAAUUUGAAAUUUAUCAGCAGACUUAUGAAAAGCUGGCCUACAAGCUGAAGGGGUUGACUCGAGGAAAGGCAGCCAAAACGCUAGAGGAGGAAAAAGAUGAUCUAGACAUGUUCGCUGAGGAUUUUGAUGAGAAGCAUGGUGCAGAAAAAGAUGAGGAUAAAGACAACACCAGAGUGAUUGUUGAGGUCAUGUGGGAAUACAAAUGGGACAAUGAGGAAAACUCUGAGCUCUAUGGGCCCUUCAGCAGCCAACAGAUGCAGGAGUGGGUGGACGAGGGCUACUUCAAGGAUGGAGUGUACUGCAGGAGGAUUGACCAAGAACAUGCCCCCUUCUACAACUCAAAGAGAAUAGACUUUGAACUUUAUACAUGAUCUGUUGAUGAAUUGUGUUACAGAUUUUAUUUGAUUUCUUCUGCCCAUCUGAGAGGGCUUCUCUGAAUAAUUGUUUACUCUUCAGUAAUCGUCUUUGUUUUAUGUACACACAUACACUAGAAUGUGCUCCUGUGUUUGAUACAAGAUGUGUUUUAAAAUAAAAAAAAUGGCUUCAUGGCUGGAUCCAA